AUGGCUGAUAUUGAAGAAGAAGAUGUUCUGGAAACACUGUUACGAUAUCAGCUUCAGCAGCCCUCUCCGACGCUUAAUAACGCCGCAUCUGCUAUGGAGGAGACGCAAAACAACACAGCAGUUAACAAUGAACAAUUGUUUUACUCGAGCUUGUUGUUCCAAAGGCUGGCUAUGAUAAGACACAGUGGACUGUACAUCACCGUUAGCGAUACGGGACAAGCAAUCGCGAGUUCCUCAGGCGGCACUGUCACCAUUAUCGAAAAAGACGACGCAGGCGACGACGACGGCGGCGACGGUGACGUCGAGCAGCACAACAACAUGUUGACCAUGGAAUCUGAUAUGAAGGGGGGUGGCAUUCUGCAUGCCACCAUGCCCCCGCAUCACCCGUCCUCUCUGCACGGUCACAGUACUUCGCCGUACGGAGCGCUGGGAUCGUUGAGCAUGAUGAACAUCGGCCAGUCACAGCUUUCAUCCCAUCAGACAUCUGCGGCUCAGCAGCACCACCUGCUUGGGGGUGGUGGUGGGCACCAGCAGCACCAUAUGAGCCAUGGAUUGAGCAGCAACAACAGCAGCAGUAGCAGUAACAACAACAACAGCAGCGGGUACGGAAGUCCUCUGCAACAGCCUGUUUCGGGAUUGAGUCCGACCGGGCUCGUUGGUGGGCAAGGACACUCGCAGCACAGUUCGCCGACGGGAAUGGGUUCCACCGGGCAGCAUCACAUUACGGCAAGUGGUGGAGGUGGUGGUCACCACCAUCACCAUCACGGUUCCGGUGGCCUGUUGGGUGUGAAUCACAAUAAUAACAACACAAGCAAGGCGGCACAACAGAAUGCGGAUCGCGUCAAGCGUCCGAUGAACGCAUUCAUGGUGUGGUCUCGUGGACAGCGCAGGAAGAUGGCUUCGGAUAAUCCGAAGAUGCAUAACUCCGAGAUCUCCAAACGUCUCGGUGCACAGUGGAAGGAUCUAUCCGAAACAGAAAAGCGUCCGUUUAUUGAUGAAGCAAAGCGGCUCCGAGCGGUGCACAUGAAGGAACAUCCGGAUUACAAAUACCGUCCGCGCCGGAAGACGAAGACGCUGACGAAGGCGAAGGAAAAGUAUCCGCUCGGGGUGGGAUCGCUACUUGGUGGUGGCCAAACGACCGAGGGUAGUGGGAUGCGCGGAAGCGCCUCAUCAACCACGCUGGCAGCGCAACAGGCGGCGGCGGCAGCGGCAGCAGCGGCCGCGGCCGCGGCGAACCGUGAUAUGUACCACCAGAUGCCUCCAAAUGGCUACAUGCCGAAUGGAUACACGAUGAUGCACGAUCCGUCGUCGGCGGCGGCUUACCAAUCGCAACAGCACUACAUGAGCAAUUACCACCACCAUCAUCGGUACGAUAUGGGCCAGAUGGCGGCAGCAGCAGCCGCCUCUGGAACCACAGCCGGAUCCUUGAACAGCUACAUGAAUGCCGGUUACGGUGGCAUGUACGGCGGUGGAAGUGGUAGCGGGGGAGGUACGGUAUCCGGUGGUCAAACGUCUCCGUACGGUGGUAGUGGAGGCGGACUUCAACAGCCCGGUUCGCCGUACAGUACGACAAUCCAGCAGCAGCCCGGUUCACCGUACGGACUAAACCACCAACCCGGAAGCGCACUUUCCUGCCAAAGCCACAGUCCCAGUGAUUCGAGCGUGAAAUCGGAACCAGUUUCGCCCGGCCCGAUUGCGUCCGCGACCAAUAACAAUCUAACGAUGAAGCGUGAAUACAUUGGUCACCAGCAGCAAUCGGCGGCCGCCGAUCUAAGCCAUUUGAUCAAUAUGUACCACGUGCCGGAUAUGCAGCAAACGGGUGGAGCGGAUUUACAGCAGCACCAUCGCAAUCAUCUAAUGCAACAUUACCAUCAGCAUAACGCUAGCGUGUCGCCCGAUCUUCAAUCGCAGCACCAACAUCUCCAGCAACAGCAGCAGGUCCAGCAGCAACAACAGCAGCAGCAGGUUCUGCGAUCUAUGGCACCAAUCUCACAUAUGUGA